AUGGAUACACAACGGCGAUUUCUAGGAGGAGGAGGAGGAGGUCCCUUAUUACCUGAAUUGCCUCGAUCACCUCAGCCAUCUAAUAUCCCAACACCAGCAACAGCACAACUUAUACCUGUUGAUUCACGUUUUCCUCCAACAAUGUUACCGCCCAUUAAUAUUCAAUCGAUACCAAAUCCACCAUUAUUUCCUUUACGAACUGGUCUUCAACCACAGAUAUUUGAUGAUUCGCUAAAUCAAUCUUUAUAUAAAGUAAAACAAUUAGAAAGUCGUGUACAAAUGACUGAAAUCUCUAAUCGUGCUUUACUUGAAGAAAUUAUUCGUUUACAAACUGAAUUAUUUAAUGCUAUACGUCAAAGUCAAACAGUUCUUCAAGAAGAACGUUUGUCUCGUCAACAAAUAGAGAAUAAUAUACGUAUUCAAAAUGAUGUUAUUCUUCAAUUAACAUCACGUAUUAAACGAAAUGAAUAUACACAUAAUGAUGAACAUCAAGCAUCAUUAACAGCAAAUGCAAGUCUUCGAGGACUUGAACAACAACUUAUAUCAAUUCAAAAAGAUACUUUUCUUCGACGAGAUCAUCAAUCUGUUAGUGUCGAAGGAAUUCGAAGACAACUCGAUGAAACGAACGUUCAACGAGAACAAUUAGAAAAAUCACAAUUAAAUAUUAGCGAUGAAAUUCGUUCUAUACGCAGUCGUUUAGAACUUGAAUCAGCUAAUUUAAAUAUAUUAACGAAUGAAGUUAAACAAAAAACAAGAAAAUUAGAAGAUGAUCAACGAUUAGCAAAUGAGCUUAUACGCAAACAACAAGAAAUAGUUAAUGCUGGUGAUCUUCUUUUUAAUGGAUUUCGAACAGCAACUGAACAAAAAAUGAAUGAAUAUCGAGAUUCAUUCAAUGAUAUAAAAACACGUUUAGAUUUUGAACGAGAAGAUCGUCGUCUAGUUGAAACUCAAUUAGCAUCGAAAUUAACAGAUCUUCAAUCUUCGUUAAAUUCAACCCGUUCAACUCAAACAGAAAUUGUUAAAACAAUGGAAAAUAUGCGUCGAGAAAGUGUUAAUCAAAUUGAGCAAACACAAAUAAAAUUAAGACAAGAAAUGAAUGAUAUUAAUAAUCAAACCGUACAACGAACCACCGAUAAAUUAGACCGUUUACGUGAUGAUUUUGAAUAUAGAACAAAAGAAAACGAAAAGAAUCAUCAAAUUGAAAAUGAACAGCGUCAACGACAAUUACAAACACUUCAAGGUGACGUAGAACAACAAGUUGAUGCGUUGAAAACUGUUACACAUGAUGAACAAUCGAAAAUCUAUAAUGAAAUUAGGGAAACAACAAAAAAAAAUAAUGAAUCAUUGAGAAAAUUAAAUGAUGGUAUUACAUUAAUUGAACAACAAACAGAUGAAAAUCGACGAAAAAUUGAAAAAGUUCUUGAUGCUGAAAUAAAAUCACGUAAACAACAAAGUAAAGAAAUGACUGAGAUGAUUACAAAGACAGAAGAAAAAGCAAACUAUCAAUUUGGUACAAUACAUUCAUCGAUUAAUAAUAUAAAUACACGUAUUACAGAUCUUCGUGAUUUAAGUAGUAAACCUGAAAUAAUUAAUAUAAAUAAACGUCUUGAUACAAUUGAACAUUCACAUCGUGAAACUGAAGGAAAUAUUCAAACAAUAUCAACUCAUAUCACCGAUUUAACAACACAUCAUACAGCUACAGAUGCACGUAUUCAACAACAUGAAGAUAAAAUCAAAGGAGGCGCACAAGCGGUUCGUGAUUUAACAACUCGUGUUUCUACAUUACCGACUACGGAUGAUGUUGCUUCUGUUAAACGUGAUUUUAAUGAUAAAAUGCGUAACGAUAUACAAAAGGCUAUUCAACAACAUGAUGAACUUUCAUCGCAAACAUUUGCUAAACACGAGCAACGUGUUAAUAGUUUACGUGUUGAUUUGAAUUUACUUGAAGAACAAAUGGCACAACGUAUAGCUACUAGUGAACAACAAAUAUCAAAUCAAAUACGUGAUAAGCAAACUGACAAUGAUAUGUGGAGAAGAGAUGUGGAUCAAAAAAUGGUUCGUCUUAUGAAUCUACGAGAAACAUUACCACAAGAAAUUUUUAAUCUUAAUGAAAAAGUAUCAGCAACUCGACAAGAAUGUAUGAAAUUUUGUCAAGAUGAACAUUUUAAAACGAAAAAUGAUAUGGAUCGUUUACGUAAAGAUUUGGUACCUACACAACGUUCUAUAGCUGCUCCACCAAUUGUAAAAGCCAAAACACCGGAUGAUGUUGAUUAUAAAAAUUUAAAAAAUGAAGUUGAGGAGCAACGGGCACCAUCAUUACCAAGACCUAUAUCCAAUUAUGAUGAGGAUCCAGAUGAACCAUAUACGUAG